AUGAUGAUAAAUUAUUUCAAAAGAAUUCAGGGUAAAUUUAUACCUUGUUUUAUAAAUCAUAAGAUAGUAGGAAAUUUGCAUAAAAUUAAUACGAAUGCACAGAAUGAUGUUAUCGAGAAUAUAAAUGUAAAACAAGAGAGUGACGUUUCAUAUAUAGGAGAAAAUAUAGACGCGGGAAAUAUAGAUUAUAAAUACUGUCCAUAUUUAAAACCAUUAGAAAUUAAAGGUAUUAAAAGAGCUGAUAGAAAGCUUGAUUAUAAUAGUAGUUAUAGCUUUAUGAAUAAACAAAAAGAUUUUACAGAAAAUUUUAAAACAAGCUUAUUUACAAAAUGCUUAUAUAAUGGAAUGAAAAUCCCUUUACCACCAAAGAGAUAUAAAAUAUCGCAAUAUGUCGAUGUUAGAUUAGACAUGUUCUCCCCUUUAAUAAUAACGUGUAUUAUAUGCUUCCCAUUUUUUUUUACAAGAUUUAUGUGGUCAGUUGAACACGCAUGA